GGUCUGCACCGGUAAGUCAGGACUACUUUUGUACCCAAAACCUUGGCUUGUCCAUUCUAGGUGUCUUUUAGGGAGAGGUGGCAGGUUGGAGGAUUCCUAAUAGAGAUGGGGAUUAGAAAAGGAGGGGAAGAGAGGUGGUUGGGGACUGGGAAGAGUCUGCAGGAGGUUAGGCCUGGACAUCGGAGCCUACCACACCACCCUGAGAUGAAGGCACCAGUACUUAAGCCAUUGAAUUGAGUUUGCCAUCUUCUAGGUACUGUGGUGUUCAUUUUGUGGUUUGUUUAAAUUGGCUUUUGAAGCAGGGUCUCACUGUGUAACUCUAGCUGGCCUGAAACUCUCCAUGUAGAUCAUGCUGAUCUUAAACUCAGAGAUCCUCCUGCCUUUACCUUCCAAGUGCUGGAAUUAAGGGUGUACACAGUACGCCUGACUACUGUGAUGUUUUUAGUCGAUUGAUCAACACACACACACACACACACUGCCUUCACCUAGAGAGGCAAGUUCUGUUACUCCAUCUUAGAGAUGAAAAUGAGAAGGCAGGUCCGUAAGGAGAAAUAAUCUGACGAUCCACAUCCAGUUCUUUUUAGGCCUUGUGGGCCUGGAGUUGGGUAGGGGGCACACCAGCUCCCAAGAAGGCCCUGGAAUCCUGUGCCCCACAUUCACCACUUCCUUCUGGCCUGGAUUUCCUGGAAAGUGCUGCAGGCUUUGCUGAGAUGGGGCCCAGAUACCUUUUCUGGACAGCCACAGUGGCAGUACUGCUGAUUUGGGCUGCUUCAAGGGAAGUCUCUCGGUUCUGCGGCCGCCUUGCCUACUGGAACCCUGACAACAAGUGCUGCAGCAGCUGCCUGCAGCGUUUCGGGCCCCCUGCCUGCCCUGACUACGAGUUUACGGAAAACUGCGGACUGGAUGACCUCGGCAACACCGUAGCUCAAACUUUCAGAAAGUGUUCUCCUGGGCAUUGCAACCCCAAUGGCACCGAGCUGUGUCGCCCCUGCAGCAGCGGAGCCACAACCCCUGCACGCAUGGAGAGCCACAGCAGAACCCAGAAGCAGUGUAGAAAGAAACCCAUCCCUCCCAAGGAGGUCUGUCCUCUGACAACUGAAGAAACGGGAGUCUCUAGCUCCCCAGGGCCGGGGCAGACAACCAUCCCUGAGACCUCCGCCCUGUCCUCUGUGCUGCCCCUGACGGCACCGUUGCUGGUGCUCCUGAUACUGGCAGUGGUCUUGCUCCUUCUGUUCAAGAGAAAAGCCCGUGCCCACCCCUGUCCCAGCUUGGCUUUGGGAGACCCCAGCACCUCUGCACGCUGGCCCUCUCCGGGCUCCCUGGAGGUAUUGGGAAGUAGGAGCACUCGCAAGACAUCUCUGCUGCAGCUCUCAAGCCGGGAGCUUCAGAGCCUGGCCUCACAGCCCCUGGCUCGCCUCCUGGACGAGCUGGAAGUUCUGGAGGAACUGAUCAUGCUGCUGGACCCUGAGCCUGGGCCUAGCGGAAUCAUGGCUUAUGGUACCACACGACACCUGGCUGCAAGAUACGGGUUGCCUGCCACCUGGUCUACCUUUGCCUACUCACUACGGCCCCAUCGCUCACCCCUGAGAGCCCUGAUUGAGAUGGUGGUGGCAAGGGAGCCAUCUGCUACUCUGGGACAGCUUGGCAUACACUUGGCCCAGCUAGGGCGGGCAGACGCACUGCAGGUGCUCUCCAAGCUUGGCUGAGUCAGGGCUUGCUGGGGAUUGCUACUCAGUCAAUAAAGUGUCCCUUGAA